CGUCUGUUAGUUUGUGGAAGCGUCCGAAUUCAAAUUAUAGUCCCAUGCGCGACGUUUCCCUUUGGGGGGGGGGGGAGAAUCUGUCGCUGAAUUCCAUUCAAAAAUCUGCCAAGUUAAAUUUCACCCUGCACACCUGCAUAAACAUGCGCCGGCCACAGCUCGACUAGGGAACAGCGUCGAAGUGUCAGGUCCAUGUUUGAAUUCGGCGCAGGCACCGACUCACCAAACAGCCCGCACUCACAGAAAACCAUAACUUUCUGAAUCGGAUCGACCGCUCUGCCCAUCGGUGUGUUCCUUCACACACACACUGCACAGGGCGGAAGCCAGCAGCGUGGAACCACCACUAAACCUGACGUUCUGUGGACAUUACGGUCAUUUUGGAAAUCAUACAUGCGCCGAAUUUCCCCUGAAGACCAUCUAACGUGAGAGGCUUCCAUGUCACAGAGCAGGUGACGCGUGUGUGGGAGUCAUGGGGCAAAUGGACUCAGUCUGCUGUACGUUACGCUGGGGUUUGGAUCAGCGUUGUCUCCGUGACGGAGAACGGGACGUAUUGGCGUUAAACAGCCUCUAUUCCACCGGUAAAUCUGGUGUCCGGCCCCUGGUGGUGCGUGAAUAAGCGGACAAUAUGUAUUAUAUGUGUUGGCCUGUGUGCGUGAGUGUGUGUCUAUGUGUGAUUGUGUGUUUAUGUGUGAGUGUGUGUGCGUGUGAGUGAAAGUUGUGGAGUUGAGGGAUUUCGUGAAGGCGCGUGCAGCGGCGGGCCCAGCUGCCCCGCUCCCGUUCGUCACGCGGGACGGCGCGAGGCCAACUUGAAGUUCAGCCUCCUUCUCCCGGCCUGUGUGCGUGUGGGUUUGUGUGCGCGCGUGUGUGUCUGUUAGUCAGCAGAAAAUGGCCGCAGUUGAAGCCAGCGGGCCGAGUUAGAAUGACAGGCCGACAGAGGGCCUCCUGUCCCGGCAUGCAGCUGGGGCAGAGAGCCGCUACGGAGGCAGGGACCUCCCGUGCCCGCAGCGGAACAUCUGAGCUCAUGUUGGGAAGCGAGCCACUUGACAACAGCACAUAUGCCACAAUGGAGAAGAAAGCAAUCAAAUAUGAACCCUACCUUCAUCUCCACCAGCUCCAAGAGGAUGAGUUCCAUCCGUUCAUUGAGGCUCUGCUGCCCCAGGUCCGUGCCUUCGCCUACACAUGGUUCAACCUCCAGGCCAGGAAAAGGAAGUACUUCAAAAAGCAUGAGAAAAGGAUGACAAAAGAAGAAGAGAGAGCUGUAAAAGAUGAACUGCUCGGGGAGAAAGCAGAGGUGAAACAGAAGUGGGCCAGUCGUCUUUUGGCCAAGCUAAGAAAGGACAUCAGGCCUGAAUGCAGAGAAGACUUUGUCCUGUCAGUCACUGGGAAGAAAGCUGCGUGUUGUGUCCUGUCAAACCCUGACCAGAAAGGCAAAAUGAGACGCAUAGAUUGUCUUCGACAAGCUGACAAGGUGUGGAGGUUGGACCUGGUAAUGGUGAUCCUGUUUAAAGGAAUCCCAUUGGAAAGCACAGAUGGAGAGCGGCUUGUGAAGGGCGGCCAUUGCUCCAAUCCAAUCCUCUGCGUCCAGCCUCGACACAUCUCUGUCUCUGUCAAAGAGCUCGACCUUUACCUCGCUUACUAUGUCCAAGAGAGAGAGGCAGAGCAGAGCAGCAGUCCCAGUCGCACAGGAGUGGGCUCUGAUCAGGAGGACAGCCGAACCACCACCAUGGAUGGUCCAGAGUUCCAGGAGAGUUUUGUGACAUCAGGAGUUUUCAGUGUCACUGAGCUGGUCCAGGUGUCAAGAACUCCAGUCGUCACAGGAGUCGGACCUAGUUUCUCUGUGGGGGAGCUCCAGGGUCAUUUGGCCUAUGACCUCAACCAGUCUGUCAACCAGCCUGUUAGUGUCAGACGAUCACUGGCCAGCACCUCAUCCAGCGGGAGUAAGCGUCAUAAGUCUGGCUCUAUGGAGGAGGAGGCUGACAGUCCAGGAGGGGAGUAUUACCACUCACCUUCCUCUCCUGCCAGCAGCUCCAGGAACUGGACUGAUGACAUGGAAGGAGGUCUGUCUCCUCCAGUAAAGAAGGCAGAGCUGGACAGUCCCUCCCCCCAGGAAGACUCACCAAGACUGGGUUCCUUCACUCAGCACCAUCGGCCAGUCAUAGCGGUUCACAGCGGUCUGUCUCGGAGUAUCCAACCCUCCUCAUCUCUUCAUUUCCCAUCCUCCUCCUACUUUCCCCACGGAGCAAUCCGCUAUCCUCCUCACCUGGCACAGGACCCCCUAAAAGACCUAGUCACACUGGCCUGCGACCCUGCCAAUCAAACCCAAAGCUCACUGAAUGGCAGCAGCCAGAUUAAAGUGCCCGGUCACUACAUCUCCUCUCAGAUGUUAGCACCUCCUGGACCAGCACCCUCCCUGGCUCCUAACCCAUCCUCCCUCCCCAGGCUGACCCUGCCUGCAGAGUCAAAGGCCACUACCACCUCCUCUGAUGGGGGAGCCAACUCCCCGACAUCACCCACAUACUCGGCCCCUGGGACCCCCCCUGCCAGCCGCUCCUCCUUUGUUGGAGUCACCCCUCGAGAUCCAGGUGGACUCUACCAAGCCCAGUCAUGGUAUCUGGGCAACUGAGGGACCUCUGGAGGACGGCUGAUUGUCGUGGUGGUACUGUCCUGGAGGAAAACAAACAAUGUUGUCAAGACAUUGCCAAAGGAAAGAUAUAUUCAGCUUUGUAGAAGGAUAUAACAUGUGGUCGUACAUAUAUGUAAAUAUACAGUGAAAUAUAUUUACAUAUGUAUACGCAGCCAGAAGAGACAGCCUGGAUGAAGGGAGUAUGCUGCUCUCACUCAGCCGUUUUGCAGCCCCAGAAUGUACUAUGCUCUAAGACACUAAAUGGUUCACACAAAUGGCCACUGAGGUGAGUUGUGAUUUUCUAGAGAAAGCAGUGGAUUGAUGCAGAUGUCUGGUUGGUCCAGAUGAACUGUCGACCAGAACCAGGUCUCAACACACCAGAUCCUGAAAAGCCUAUAACCUAACCGUGUCCCCAGGAUGAGGCCCGUUUCCCUGGGAUGGAUGUCAGCCUUUAACCCUUCACCCUGGUUCUCUACACCGAGUCCAGUGUAAGGCCUCUACCCUGGGACAGACAUAGACCUCAUCCCCCCUCAACACCCAGAAUGCCCCCUCCGCUGCAGGUGCUGCUUAUAAUAUAUGCAAAUAAGCCUCCCUUAUUUUUUGAAACAAAUAGCAAGAGAGAUCCUGCUGUCAAUAUGUAAAGUUUCUUUGCACUUUUUGAUAUGUUAUUGAUGCGUCUGAAGAAAAUUUUGAGUUGAAACAGCGCAGUUUUUUUCUCUCUUCCCACCAAAAGACAGAGGCUUUGUCUUUUUUAUUGACAAUCAUCAGGCUGAAACCAUUAAGCUGCUUUGCGAGGCUUUUGCGAUGCUCAUGUUUUUAAGACUGAUUGUGCUUUUCUAUCAGAAAACAAUGAGUAAUAGUGGAAUAUAAGAGCUAUAUCCAUGCCUCCUCGAACACAUCACACAAUGCUACAGCUGGACACCAAUAUAGAGUCAUCAGUAACACUGGGCCUUUAAAGGACAGAGGCCCAGUGUCUUGAGCAGAGGGCGUCUUUUGACAUGAAUUUCCUGCUGCUUCCUUCCCUUCAAAUGCUGAUCAUUUUGACAUGACAGUACUUAUCCAAGCAGCCAAAGGCACAAUGAUUGGAGGACACAUGCACCUGCCAGAAGAAAACGGCUCAGCAGAACUGAGAAAAGACAAAGACAAGACUAGAACCAGGAUCAUGUGGCUGCACAGCCAGCUGUAACCUGGCUGCAGAACUCGAAGUGUUUGAAACUGUAGCACAUGGUGUGUGUGUGUGUGUGUGUGUGUGUGUGUGUGUGUGUGUGUGUGUGUGUGUGUGUGUGUGUGUGUGUGUGUGUGUGUGUGUGUGUGUGUGUGUGUGUGUGUGUGUGUGUGUGUGUGUGUCAGUAUUUGAAUAUGGAUCCUGCAGUUCCACACUCAUCCCUGCUCUGUUUUCAGGAGUUGUUGUGAAGAUUUUGUUUGUGUCUCAGAGAACACACUGACAGGUUUUGUAGUUGUGUGUUGGUAAAGUUGAAGGAGAUUUACAAUUGCGGGCGUUGCACUAUGAUUACGUUAAAAAUUCCCAUUUUGAGAAAAAAGUGUGAUGUGGCCUGUUGUCAAGCUGAGUGUAGUCAUGACAAGUCAUCUGUAUACUGGUUUGAACUGAGCACAAACUCUGGCGGUCACUUUGUCCAGCUCUAGAACGACUGGUGACCAAAACUGUGUCGCUCAGCCCUGACCCGACCUGAACAAUGUGUGGUGGAAAGGUAGCCAUAGGGUUUGGGCUGGGCUGGAGUUCAGGCAUGAACAAAAAGACAUGUUAGCCACAGUGCUAGGUUUGGUUUCAGGUCAAACCUUGAUGGUUAACCAAUUGCAACAAGGGACUCAAGAGUGUGUAGGUCUUGAUUUUCUGAGCGCAUAAUGCUUUAAAGAGGCAAAGCAAUAUUCUUUUAUAGAAAGUUUUCCUCAGCUUCAUUUAGUCGAUAAUCCUUUCAUGGCUGAAAAUUUAGCACUUAAUAGAACACAAACAUUAUUCUCUGUCUGCAUUGAUGGUGGCAUCUCAAAAACACUACUUCAUAGAAGUAAGGGCACAAAGUAAUAUCCCAAAUAGAUUUUUGAAAUAUGUCACUAUUGAUAUUUGUAUGUAAAAUUGAAUGCAGACUCCAAACACAAUAGUAGUAGAACACAUAUACCGUGGCAUUUUGCUAUUUCGUACAUCAUCUCUUUGGAGAAGAAAACACAGAAUAUAAUUGGAUUUUUUUAUAAUUGAUGCCAUAUUUUAAUUUCUGAGGCUUUGCAACUAUAAAGCAGUUUAUUUAACUUUGUUACCUGGGGAUGUAUUUAGUUUAAGGACUGGUGUUUCUGUGUUGAGGUGUGAUUCGAUUGAAUGCCAAGCAAAUUUUUGCCACACAUUAUUUACACUAAUAUGACUGCUGGUGUGUUUCUGCAGGCUGCGUUCCCCAGUUCAAACAGUAGGAGAAGAUUCAAAACAGAACUCUUCCACUUGUGAAUCAGCAGUGGUUUGCCUGUUGAAAGGCAUUGGUGUGAUCUCACAGGUGUUUUCCAUCUGCCUGGAAAGAUAAAAUAUUCUCCAACCAAAGCUUAAACAUGACAUUUCUGACCACUGCGGUGGACCUAAUGUGCAUCCAGUGAAGAGGAGGAAGAGAGCAGUGAGUUGUGAGGUCAGUAGAGUCAUUAGAUUUGCUCUCAUCAUUCUGGGCAGAAAGCAGAUACCUGUGUGAUCACAAAAACACUUUUUAAGAUGCAGCCAGCUGCAGAAACAGUUUGAUAAGUUUACACAGUAAACUUUCCCCCUGAGUAACAUUCAGAGCCUAUGGUCUGUGCUAUCUAAACAGCCAGUGUGCACACUGUUGAGACCAUCACAGCUCCAUACGAGUGCCAGUGUGUGUGAUGGCUCAGACUCAGAACUCAUCAGGAAUUCUCUUUUUUUCUUGAGGAGACACAGUUCUAACUCACACAGAGGUGUCUCCAUAGAUUUUGCUGCCUGGAAUUUGUAUCUUUUUCAUCAUUUCUUUAUGUGCUAAAAUUUGCUUUGCAUUCAAUCUGAACAUAUGUCUGCGUCUUUUCCUUUUCCUUUCCCAGGGUUUGGGGUUAAAGUUGACAACGGUCAGUGCCUACUAGGGGUUAAGAGUUUGUAAAGAAGGUGCUGAUAGGAGCUGUGGCAGGGCAAGGUUUAAGGUAUGGUUAUAGCUGGCUUAGAUGUAUACUGCAUGGUGCUGCCCUGGUCGCUGUGCUGACCUGAAGAAUGCAUGGCUCAAACUAAUGAUACCUCUCCCUCUCAAUCCUGCUCUGUCUCCUCGUCCCCUUCCUGGAAGGGUUAUCUAUUUCUUUGAAUUUUAAUAAUUACCCUGUUGUUAAACUUCUAUUUUGCACGAUAUAUCAUGAAACCCAUUAUGUGCCUUGCCUUUAGUUAAAGAACAAUAAUACAUUAUUGAAAAAUUAUCAUACUUUUCAUGGUACAGCUGGUAGCACAUAAAAUAAAAAAAAAGCUGCAUGUGUGAUUGCUUGACAUUAAUCAAUGUAGCAGGUAGACAGUUGUAGGUUUCACAAUGGCUGAGAAACAGACUUGAGUGUCAGCUCAGUGAAAGCAGAGGCUGGGAUAACACUUAUCCUCUCCUACCAUUCAAGACAGUAACUUUUUACAGUGUGGCAUUUUGGGAAAUACAUGUCUGAUAAAGUACUCAGAGUGCCAAUGUCUCUUUCUACCAGAGACACAGUGUGGACAUAUUUAGCAGCGCUUUGUACUAAGUUGAGCUAAACACAUCCCAACCCUUACCUAGUUACUCAAGGUCCAUUUACCAAAAAUAUUUAUAGCUUUAAAAAACAUUCAUGUGGGGAGAUCUAGAGCCCUAUUCUACUUCCAGGAUGCCACUGCAUCAGGAGUUCUGGUCCACACUCCAGAUCCAAACACCUGUUUUCAUUUGAACAUGUAUACAACUGAACCAUCUCCACGACAGCUGAGCAAACCAAGAAAACUGUCUCCGAGGUAAAGAAUGAACUGGCCACUUCUGGGUAAAGCUCGAUAAGAAUUGUAAAUCCCAAAAUGUUGCACUGUUCCUUUGAGGGUUCACUUUUUCAGUCACAACUUUUGCCAUAACCAGGUGCUGAUUUCAUUCAUAGAGCUGAUCUGGUUCAGUGGCUCUGCUCCUAAAAGCUUGUGCUGUCUUUCUGAUAGGUGUUUGCGGACUGAGCUAAAUUGACACUGACAUCACCCACACUAGUGUUAAGAAUGAACUUGACGUGUGUCGUCCCAAAGUGUUGGCUGUAGUAAGGCCCCCUUGGAUCUGAAAAUGGCACUUUACAGAAGCAACAAACAUUGGUUUUGAAAGUAAAGUCUGGUUGUAGGACCUGCCUAAAUGUUCACAAUACAAGCAAAAGCCAUUUUCAGAGACUUUGCUCAGUUCUGUCUACGUUUUGUUUUAACAAUAAGUCUCAAAUACAUACAAACACAUUUCAUAGUAUUUAUUGCAGGGGAAAGUCUUUAAAUAUAUUGUGAAUAUUUUGUCAGGAAUUUAGCCAAUGUGGCCAAGCCACUAAAUCUAGUCUAAUGGAAACAUGUGAAACAUGUUAAGGUUCGGACUUCAAGGCUCUGCAGCUCUAUGAUUGACCAUUAGAACACCGUCCAUUUGCCUGUAUGAUGACUCCUACCAUGUGACUAAUCACGUGACAAGAUACUACAAGAGGAAAUGAAUGAGUUUGAGUUUUAUAUGGAUGCAUGCACUUAACACUAUUCUUACUCUACUUGGCUUUUAUGUUAUUUUUAAGUAUUUCUUGAGUUAUCUUCAUGUUGCUUGUAGCUUUAUAGUUUAAACACAGAAGUGUGUAUAAAACAUAUGUACAACAUAGACACAUAAAAAAGAUGUAUAGAAUGUUUGUUUGUCAUGUUUUUGCUUUUUGUUUCAGCUGUCUUAAGAUAAUGGCCAAGCCAAUAAAUAUGGGACCCAUGAAAUGGGUGGGGCUAAAGUUUAGGGAGGAUGAAUGAUGCUAGGUGAAAAGUGGAAGUGAGGGUGAAGUAGAAGGAAGUAGAGUGCACUGAAAGAGUGCGUAACUCUGCCAAGGCUGCACAGUCCUCUAACGAUGUUGCUUUCAUAACAGACAGUGUUGAGAGACGUCUGUGACUGGAUCUGAGCCCAGUCUAUACUCAUCUCAUAAGGAUUGGCAACAUUUUUGGAAUACCUAAAUCCUGACCUGCAAUGUUGGAGCUUCAUUUGGAAAUUAAUUAAUUUUGCACACUGAGUUAUGACCAAUUGAGUGUUUCUAUUUGGAAAUUCUGCAGAAUCUGCUGUUCAUGUGUAGAGUUGAACAAAGUUUAGCUUAAUUGUUUGAAACAGUACAGCAUAUCAAAGAGCAAAUGAAUUACCCAAACAAAUAUGAUAUAUAGGUUGCCUAUUGACAAAUGCACUACAAGAAAUGAAAGGGAGAGUUUCUGGGCUCACAUACAGAAAAAAGAUGUCACUUUGUUAAAAAAAAGUUCUAAAAAAGUCUCUAGUUUGGUCGCUCCAGGUAAGAUUUAAGGGGGUUGACACAAUAACACCAAAACUGGUUCAAUAUUUUACUGUACAAUUCAAUACAAAAUCAAAUCUAUUGCUGAAAAAGUCCAUACCUUUACAGUAAAUCACCCCCUUAAGCUGCAUCAUCAACCACAGGAUCUUUCCCCAGGAACUAGGAACCUUUGCAGGAACUCCUGUCCUGAUUAAGUUGUAUUAAGUAUUUACCCCUCCUAUGUCCCUGUUAGGUGGGAAUUGCAGCACUGAACAUUUCUGAUAGUUGAUGUAGUGUGGCACAAAUCCUGCAUGUUUGUCAUUUUAUAUGGAUUCAUAGUUGUUAUAUAGUCUUCUGCAAUACCGCCACCUACUGGACUAUUUUUGUAGCCAUCGAUUCUUCAUAUGUCAGCAGGCUAAUUCGCCCAAUCAUCUGAGGCAUAUAGGUGUAAACACUGGCAACUAGCAGUCCAAAGGAACCUUUUAUCUCCUUGGUGAUGUGGUGGAUUACAGAGUAGAUUAGUGGCUUUGUGCUUGUGUCUCCUCCAGAUGAUGACCAAGAUUACUAUGCAUAUUGUACUUUGGGAUUCUUAUUACAGUUUGCUAUUUUCUACCAGAGGCUAAACCAGUAGCCAAAAAUAAAAAAACUGAUUUAGAAACUGUCACCUGAAAAGAGGAUGUAUGCAGUUAUUGACAAUUGGAGGCAGUGAGUCGAGUCAUAUUUCUGAUGGAUGGCUCCUGAUUGUCUGUGUUGAAGCAGCCCCCUUAAUGUUCUGUUUCUGUCCAUGUUUUCUUGAUAGAUGACUAGUAAUCUGGUUGUACAUAGAAAUCCAAACAGCCUCCUGAUAUAACAGCAGCCAGCCAAGUGGAAGACUGAUCCACUGGUCUCAUUGUGUAUGUCCAGGCUCAGCUGAAAGUGUUUUAAGAAUGGGCUGUGUGUUUCUCUGCACCAAAUGAAUUCAAAAAAACCAUUAUAAGUACAAUAACACCACCAAGCACGCACUUGUGUGUCCAGGUCUUUGUAGUAAGGGGAAAACACCACGUAGCUCUCAGUAACCAUAGCACCUUCUCUGCUCUGUUCAAGUAAGAAAGCAGGUCAACAUCAUACAAACAGAAAAACAACCAAAAUGAUCGAAACAAGCAGUGCCUGUCAUUUUAGUGCUGGUUUCAUUUGACUCAUUUUGUAUGCUGGGCUUUGCAGCACUUUUUCUAUUCAAAUGGUUGUGUGACACACUUCAGCUUAGUGGUUGGUGCUUAGUAUUAAGAACAACCCCAGUCCAGGCCAGCAUACAGUCGAUGGCCUGGGCAGGACCUGAGGUGACAAGCCAUAAAACAAACUGAGGAGUUGACGAAAAAAUCAUGGUUCUUCAUGGUUGUAGAUUGAAAAUUCCAAAUGCAGCAAAAAAUAAAGUGAUCUUACUUUACAAAAAGGUAAAAAAAAAUUGUGAAUAGUUACCAAAGACAGAAUAAUGAACAACUAAAUGCUAAUUGAUGAAUAUUUAACAAGGGUUUUGUUAACAGCCUUGAGGUGUCAGCAGUAGUGAUCCUAGGUCUUAAUAAUAUGUUUUGUAUCUGCCUAACUCAGUGCACUGACAGUCGAACAUGUCACAGUUGGCACAGGUGUGAGGAAUAAAAAGAAUGAUGGCUGGAUUCCAUUUAGCUGCUUCACACUGGCUCCCUCUCAUAACUUGGUGCCAUUAGGAGCCAUUAGAUAGUGGUUUGGCAAGCUGAUGACAGAGAGCACACUUUUUUUCUUGUAUUCAUUCAAGGAAUGCUGCUGUGUCCUCAUUGUGACACAAGUCUGCUUUGUUCUUCAAUCCUUGUGGCGGAAGCUUGAGGGACAUUGUAGUCAUGUGAUCUCUGUACCGUCAUUUGUUCGCUGAAUCUAUUUCCAUUUCACUUAGUCGUCUUUACCUUUUACCAAUACACCAACUUAUCCACUUACCACCUACUUACCCUAACUAUUUUGAAUUUCAACGUGUCCACAUAUGUUUGUUUUUUUCUCCUGGAUACACACUUUUAGUUUUCUCAUCAUAACAAAGUCAUGAUAUUUACUUUGACAAGACCUGUUGCUCAUGAAUGCUAAUUCAGGUGCUAGAUUGGACAUGGCAUAUAACUAUUCAUUGAAUUACUAAUAACCACAGUAAUGGUAGUAAUGUAUUAUGAUUCAAUGUUACUGACAUUUUACUUGGAAUUUAUCAUUACUCCAUCAACAUUAUUAUCAUUCAACAAUACUUGUAAGUUUUUGAUGCAUUGAUGAACAACUUUCAGUGAACAAGUAGGCGAGGACUGGAUCUUAAGUUACCUUCCAAAUUCCAGGCUCCACAGUUAGUAUACUGAGUCUCACUCUUUUUACAGUUCCCACUAUUUUAUUGUAGUCACUUUCCAUCUCCACAGUGUCCACGUGUAGUAUGUGACAUAUUGCGUAAAUAUUUGCAGUGGACAGUUGAAGCAUUAGAGUAGAAAGAUGACUGAGAUUAUCCGAGUUUGUAUUUCGAAUGGUGCAUUGAAGAAAACAGUAUCAGUCAGUUGUGUUUUAUUCCUGCACAAUGAAAUUAAUUUUCAAUUUCCAUCCAUCGUAUCAUUAACAACUGGACAAUAAUAUGCAUCAAGUAACAAGUUAACAGAAUCCCCCACAUCAGUUGAUGGACACACAGAAGAUGCAGUGUUUCGUUAUUUAGCCUUUUCUGUAUCAUGUCAGCAACAAAUCGUCAUGUACUGGUUCAUUAACAUAUCUGACACUAUUUUAUAAUCAACUUCACAAUUUUUUAUUUAUUUGGGAGCCAUUAGUGGUCUAUCUAUUUAUUAGGACUUUCCAAAUGCCAUACAAGUUGGGAACUACUAGUAGAUGUUCUGUAUACCUUAGAGUUAAGUGUUACUACCACAUUUAUUUCGCCUAAACCCUGAGUCAGUGGGCCCUGUGCAUUUAUCAGGGGUCUCCGGCAUGAACAAAGUAACCACUGGAUCCAGUUAAUGGCUGAAAACAGUGAGGGGGAAGUAUUGCGAAGAUGCAAAGUGUGUAUGAUUGAAGUUUUGUCUUGGUGGCAGGUUGAAAAAUCUAAAUUCAUCGUAAGUCAGUCAAGAUAAAAGUAUGUUGUCACAGAUCUUUUCAUUUUGUUGACUACAUGCCGACUACGACGUUGUAAUUAUUAUUAUGGCAGAUUUUGGUCUCACAGUAUGUUCCCUCUAGAUGUUUCUAUACUCUGUGGUACAAACCAAGUGCUGUUCUGACCACUGUUAGCAGAUAAUUAUCAAAGUAACUGUGAUUGGCAGGCUCAUGUUAGUAUUGUUAGCAGCUGCGGUGGAUCAGGUCUAGCUGAAGGCGGUGUGAGGUCUGCUGGAUAACUUCAGAGUUUCGUUUUGGGGAGAUUUUGGGGAGACGUUUUCAUAGAGGGCUGUUUUCUAUGAACUAUUAAUAUGACUCUACACUCUUUGCUAUUGCAGCUGUUGCCUGAAAAUCUUCUAACUCCAGUUUAUGUUUCUUUUUGCUGUUUCUUACUUGAAUUGCAACAGAUACAUUUUUAAUUGCUAUUGAAACCCUUUCUGUAAUUCAGACUCACAGCAGCUGGAAAAUCUGAUUUUGUACAGAUACAAGUUUUCCUGUGACAAUGAUGCCAUAUAGAUUCUUCUCUGUAUCUGUGGGUAUGUUGCUGCUGCACACUGUUUACUCCGCGUGCUGAAGACAGUUUGUAAUGAGCGAAAGAGGAACAUUUUGAUGCAGUCUCAUAUUUUAAUUUUUUCUUUUCAGAUAUUAUAGUCAAGGUCUGCUUUGCUUGCUUCCAGAUAUAUAUCCCUUACAUCAGAGAGAGCAUAGGCAUGAACAGCUUUCAUCAGUUAUUGCAUGACUGCAAUCCACACAGACCACAGUCCUUUUCACAUGAUAGUGUACAUCAGGCCAUUGUAUAAUCAGUUUAGAAUCUUCACACAUAAUGACGUCAUUCAAUACCUGAACACAGCACAAUGGUGUCCCCUCUCAUGACUCUAUCAUGUUUCGUAUUGAGACACCUCAGAGUGCAUUAUCAUAUGUGGAUGGAUGGACGAAUGGAUGGAUGGAUGGAUGGAGUCAUGCAACAAUGCACAUGCGUCCAACAUAAGAAUAUAAUGAUAAUCAAUGAGGUGGAGGACCCGCUGUGACUCUGAUGUUCCAAACUGGGAGAGUGGGGGCAUUAUUCUUGGCCUGAGGUACUCACUGUGGAAAGGGCUGCUGAUCUGGACUGAUGUAGUUUGUAGCAGCUUUAACAAGAGCUUUAGGUACUUCUUUUCCUUCGGAUGUUUUUCAGCUGAAGCAGAUAUCAAUAGUCCACAUUUAUUUGCAUGAUGUAAACUGUUCCUAUAAGAAAACAUCCAGACAGGUACAGGAAAUGAUGUCAACACUGUGGCACAUUUAUAACUGAAGUCACAGUUUGACAGUUGUCUGCUCAAGGUUGGACUUUAAUUGAGUGACAGCUGCCUGAACCAGUGUUCCUGAUCUAAUGUUGUUCAUCUGCUGUGGGGGAUAUUAACAUCUUUGAUAAUAUGUCAUUAUAACCAUAUUUAGCCCAUGCUAUCAGCAGACGCUGAUGAAGUCAUUACUGGAAAUGAGUAUGUUUCCCUAUGCAAAAAUAUACCAUUAAUAAAACAAACUAUACCACAA